AUGCUGAAUUUCAUCGGUAUUUUAUUUUUGAUUUGUGCAGUUCAUGGUGCUGCCUUGAAGUCGAAUAUCCCGGAAUUUGCUAAAAAAUUGGCUGGAGAUGAGCUGAUUUCUUACGUAAACUUGAAUCAGAAGCUUUGGGCGGCUCAAAAAUCAAAGUUUACUAAUGAGCAGAAGCGCUCUCGAGCCAAUCAUAAAAGAUUUAUUAAACCGCACGAUGAUACAGUUGAAUCACCGAUUAUGGCAAAUAUUCCCGAAUUUUUUGAUGCUAGAGAGCAUUGGCCGAAUUGUCCAACAAUUGGAAGAAUUAGGGAUCAGUCUGAUUGUGGAUCUGCUGCUCACUUCGUUGCUGUAGAGAUCGCUUCGGACAGAACCUGCAUCGUUUCCAACGGUACUUUCAAUCUGCCGCUCUCCCCAGAAGACGCUCUGGGAUGCUGCGUUGGCGAAUUCUCUGCCUGUGGUGACGGUUGGGGGUGCGAUGGAUCCUGGCCGGCAGAUAUUUUGAAAUUCUGGAUCAGUCAUGGACUUGUCACUGGUGGAGACUACUACGACCAAACAGGUUGCCAGCCGUAUUCAAUCUAUCCUUGUGGCGCCAACAAGUAUCAACCAGACGGAUCUACAGCGCCACCAGUGUGUCCAGGGUAUCACACCCCGAAAUGUUUACACGAAUGCGUCUCCAAUAAUACGACGUCGUGGCCAAUUCCGUACAAAGACGACAAACAUUUUGGAAAAAAUCAUUAUAAAAUUGCCAAAAAAAUGGAGGCAAUUCAAACAGAAAUAAUGACGAAUGGUCCAGUAAUCGCCUCAUUCAUAUUGUAUGACGAUUUCUAUGAUUACAAAAGUGGAGUUUAUGUACACACUGCUGGUGAUGAGUACGGUGGAAUGGUCCUCAAAAUAAUCGGAUGGGGUGUUGAAAAUAGUGUACCAUAUUGGCUAUGCGCAAUGCAAUGGGGAGACGACUACGGCGACAAAGGUUAUGUCAAAUUUUUGAGAGCUGUUAAUGAGUGUGGAAUCGAGCACCAAGUCAUUGCUGGAAUGCCUAAUUUGGAUAAACAUAAUUGA